GUCGGAGCCUGCACGAGGUAUGAGGCGGCAGAGCGCCUCGCUUCCCUCGGGCGGGUCUUGAGGGAAACGGCGGCCGCGCCCGCUUCGGGCCGGGCAAGGGGGAAAAAAAAUCCCCAACUGCGCUCCGACGUGCCCGAGGGCCCAGUUCAGCGCCUCGCACGCUCCGCCCCGCUUGACGGCAGCAGCCAGGAAUGCGCUUCCGGAGGCGAAGAGGGAGCAGCGGCGUUGGCGGGUCUGGCCGUCUCCUUUCCUGGGUCUGCCACACGGGGGGAAGGAGCGGAGGCGCGAGGGACCUGCCGGACGCCGCCCCGGAGAGAAGACCAGGCCCGGCUGGGAAGGGCCAAGAAGGAGCUUUCCCGCGCCUCCAGCCAGCUUGUCCUCCAGGCCAGAGGCGAACCCCGGCCAUGGCACCGAUACAUUUCCCUUCUCUUCUCUUGGUUGGAAUAUUAAAUUGCUUCAUACUGUAUGGAUUUGCCCAACAAAGUGGGAGCAUUUGUAUAAAUGCUAAUGCAAAAUCAUGUGCUGAUUGUAUACAAGCUGGCCCAAAUUGUGGAUGGUGUAAAAAUAUAACUUUUUUGCAAGAAGGAGAAUCUACAGCAGCACGAUGUGAUGACUUGGAUGCUUUAAAAAAUAAAGGCUGCCCUCCAGAAGAAAUUGAAAACCCCAGAGGCACACAUAUAUUGCUAAAAAACAAAGAAGUAACAAAUCGCAUCAAAGGCACUGCUGAAACUCUUAGACCAGAAGAUAUUACCCAGAUUCAACCACAGCAAGUGCUGUUAAAGCUGCGGAAAGGGGAACCACAGACAUUUUCAUUAAAAUAGAGAGCUGAAGAUUAUCCAAUUGACCUUUAUUACCUCAUGGAUCUGUCCUACUCUAUGAAAGAUGACUUGGAAAAUGUCAAAAGCCUUGGAACUUCUCUGAUGAGUAAUGAAAAAUAUAACUUCAGAUUUCGAAUUGGCUUUGGUUCUUUUGUUGAAAAAACAGUAAUGCCUUAUAUCAGUACCACACCUGCCAAAAUCAGGAAUCCCUGCACAGGUGACCUCAACUGUACAAGUCCCUUUAGCUACAGGAAUGUACUCAACUUUACCAGCAAUGGAAGCUCGUUCAAUACACUUGUAGGGGAACAGCAAAUCUCAGGCAAUUUGGAUUCUCCGGAAGGAGGAUUUGAUGCAAUAAUGCAGGUUGCUGUUUGUGGUAGUCAAAUUGGAUGGAGAAGAAAUGUCACUCGACUAUUGGUUUUUUCCACUGAUGCUGGGUUCCAUUUUGCUGGAGACGGGAAGCUUGGCGGAAUUGUUUUACCAAAUGAUGGACAAUGUCAUUUAGAAAAUAGUACCAAUGAUCAUUACUAUGAUUAUCCCUCUAUUGCCCAUCUUGUUCAGAAGCUAAGUGACAAAAUCCAGAUAAUAUUUGCUGUGACAGAGGAAUUUCAGCCAGUAUACAAGGAGUUGAAGAAUUUGACUAAAUCUGCAGUGGGAAUGCUGUCUUCAAACUCAAGUAAUGUGAUUCAGCUGAUCAUAGAUGCUUACAAUUCGUUGUCUUCAGAAGUUAUUUUGGAAAACAAUAAAAUUCCUAAGGAGAUAGGAAUAGAAUAUAAGUCUUUCUGUAAAACCGGAGUGAAUGGAACAGGAGAUGAAGGAAGAAAGUGCUCUAACAUUUCAAUGGAGAUGAGGUUUGAGAUUACAAUAACAGCUAACCAAUGUCCAGAAAAAGGACAAAAUGAAACAAUUAAAAUCAAACCUCUUGGUUUCACUGAAGAAGUAGAGAUUAAUCUGGAGUAUUGUGAAUGUGAGUGCCAUAAUGAAGGGAAGGACAGCCCUAAGUGCCAUUUUGGAAAUGGAACAUUUGAGUGCGGUGCUUGCAGGUGCAAACCUGGGCGUAUUGGAAAGCACUGUGAAUGCAGCAUGGAAGAAGUAAAUAGUGAAGACAUGUCAGGCACCUGUAGGCAGGCUAACAGUUCUGAAAUAUGUAGCAACAAUGGCGAAUGUAUUUGUGGACAGUGUGUGUAAAAGCGAGAAAAUCCAAAUGAAAUCUAUUCUGGCCCAUACUGCCAGUGUGAUAACUUCAGCUGUGAUCGAUCUGAUGGUUUAAUUUGUGGAGGACACGGUGAAUGUAAAUGUCAGGAAUGUGAAUGCUGGGAAAAUUUCACUGGCUCUGCUUGUGAGUGUCCUCUAGAUACGACUCCUUGUGAAGCUGCAAAUGGGCAAAUCUGCAAUGGUAGAGGAAUAUGUGAAUGUGGAGAAUGCAACUGUACCGAUUCCAAAUUUCAGGGACCAACCUGUGAGCUAUGUCAGACUUGUCUUGGCGUCUGCGCAGAGCACAAAGAUUGUGUCCAGUGCAAAGCCUUUAACAAAGGAGAGAAGAAGGAGCGGUGUGAAAAAGAAUGUUCACACUUCAGUUUGGAGUUGGUCGAUCGCAGAGAGAAAUUGCCACAGCCUGGACAGUACGAUGCAUUGACUCACUGCAAGGAGAAGGAUAUUGAUGACUGUUGGUUUUAUUUCACAUAUUCUGUUGAUUCAAAUAACAAGGCUAUUGUCCAUGUGGUGAAGACACCAGAAUGUCCAACUGGUCCUGACAUCAUUCCUAUAGUUGCUGGUGUGGUCGCUGGAAUUGUUCUUAUUGGUCUAGCUUUAUUGCUGAUUUGGAAGUUACUUAUGAUCAUUCAUGACAGAAGAGAAUUUGCAAAAUUUGAGAAAGAAAAGAUGAAUGCAAAAUGGGAUACGCAAGAAAAUCCAAUAUACAAGAGUCCUAUUAAUAAUUUCAAGAAUCCAAACUAUGGACGUAAAGCUGGUCUCUAGGUUUCCGUUCGUAUUUUCUUUUCUAUUUCUUUCUCUUUGCAUGUGCUUUUCUUCAGAGUUGCUGAAUGCAGCUUUAACUAAUUAUUGCUUGAUUCCUAACACCUUUUUUUAACUGCUGCAUCAUACUUUGAAUUGUAACGGAAUUUAGAGAGACAGUUUAGUGUAAUAAUUAAAAGCACUAGGUUGAAACAUGGGAAACCAAAUUCUGGGCUUAGGGCAUGUUCACACUAUGCACAAUUAUUAGGCAAGUUGUCUUUUGGAGGAUUCAUUUCAUUAUUGAACAACUACAGUGCUCUCGGUCAAUCAAAAAUGUUAAUAAAACACAAACCUGAGCAUUUAAGAAAGUAAAAGUAAGGUUUUGACAACUCCUCAAAAUUUACAAAUAAACAUUUCUGACAUUUCUCUCACACACACAAAAAUCAGAGACCAAUAUAGCCAUCCUUUUCAGUAACAAUCAUAAGCCUUCCAUUCAUGAACUCUGUCAGUUUCUUCUGUUGAUGAUCAACUUUUUGUGCAGCAGCAACCAUAGUCUCGUUCAGAGAGGUGUAUUGUUCUCCGUCACUAUAAAUCUCCCAUUUAAGAAGGGCCCACAAGUUCUCAAUAGUGUUUAGGUCAGGUGAGGAAGAGGGGGGGAUGCCAUUAUUCUUUCAUAUUUAAGGCCUUUACUAGCUAAAUAUACAGCGGAAUACUUCAAUACAUAUAAUGGAACAUUGUCCUGCAUAAAAAUCAUGGUCAUAUUAAAAGAUGCAGACUUCUUCCUGUACCACUGCUUGAAGAAUGUGCCUUCUAAAAACUGGUAGUAGGUUUGGGAGUUGAUUUUGAAUCCAUCUUCAACCUGAAAAGAUCCAAAUAGCUCAUUUAAAUAAUACUAGCCCAUACCAGUACCCCAUCUCCACCUUGCUGGUGUCAGAGUCGAAGUGGAGCUCUGUACCUGUUACUGAUCUAGCCAGGGCCCAUCCAUGUGGUCCGUCAAGAGUCAUGCUCAUGUCAUCAGUCCAUAAAAGCUUUGAAAAAUCUGUCUUCAUAUAUUUCGUGGCCCAGUCUUGCCGUUUCAACCUAUGUGCUUUGUGCAGUGGUGUUCAGGUUUCAGCCUUCCUUACCUUGGCCAUGUCUCUGAGCACUGAACACCUUGUACUUCUGGAUACUCCAGGUAGGUUGCAGUUCUGCAAUAUGACAGCACUGGAGGAUAAUGGAUUCCUGUAGCUUUAUGUUUGAUUCUUCUCAAAUCUUUGGCAGUUAAUGUGCCAAAACGUCUUUUGCAAUCCUGUUGACUAUUUGCAACAAAAAGUUUGAUGGUUAUGUGAUCACACCCAAUAACUUAGGAAUUUCAAGAGUACCUCAUCCCUCUGAAGGACUUUUUACAAUUUUUGACUUUUCAGAGUCAGUUAAAUCUCUUUUUUGGCCCCUUUUGCCUGAGGAAAAGAAGCUGCCUAAUAAUUAUGCACACCUUGAUAUGGGGUGUUGAUCUCCUUAGGCCACACCCUCCCUCAUUACAUAAAAACACAUCACCUGAUAUUCUUAUAUCCACUAAGCAUUCAAGUUUAUACAAAAAAUAUACAUAUAUUUUCCAUAUACAUAAAAAUGAUAUGGUCAAAAUACUCAAUUGCCUAAUAAUUGUGCACACAGUGUAGUCUUUAGACUUUGAACACAUAUCCCUUUUUCUCAGCAAAAAGAAGGUAAUAGAAAACCAUUCCUGAAAAUUUUUGGCAACAAAACCUUAGGGCCUGAUUUGAAGGCAGUCAAUAAAUAAAUAAAUAAAUAAAUAAGAAAUGGAUAAUUAUUUAACAACUUAUUUUGCCCCCUUUAGUAAGGUCUGAAAUACUGGUGAGUAAAACAAGGACCCCCACCAAAAAAAAAGUGAGAAAUGCAAACCAGAGCACUCUCUUCUUCAUAAGGGCUUCUAUGCAAAAUUAUAUUAAUGCUUGAGCUCUGGCCCUUUUCCAACCUUAGGGAUUGGCAAAUAUUGAGAUAUGAUGCUCUUUGAAUCUUGUGAAAUAAACUGGGCAUGAUGUAGCUUAAUUUAAGUAGUUUCAGUUUUAAUAGAACAAAUUAUUUACUGCAUUGUCACUGAAAUCACCUUUUUUAGCUGGCUAGUUAGUUUACUUGAGAAUACUCAUCAUGUUUGUAAAUGCUAUCCCAAGAUGACUCUUGGGACAAUGGCCACUAACUAAGCAGAUACUUCAGACAAAAAAGCAUCAAUGGCAGGAAAUGGAGCAUAAGGCAAAUACAGUCUUGGCAACAUAUAAAAUAAUUCUUCUUGAAUGUUGAUCUCUAUUCUAACUGAACACGACAAUAGUGUGAUGAGGUAGAAUAUAGUUAGAUUGAACUUCAUUGAUAGUUUAUAUAAAACGUACAAACUUGAUUUGCGGCACAACCAAAUUAUUAGUAGUAUACAUAAAUAUGCUGCAUUCUUCACAUAUAUGUCCUCCUUUUCUUACUUUUUCUCCUCCUUUCUUUUAUUAUAUAUCCAUUCCAUCUCUUGUUAUUUGAUAUUCAGUUAUUUUUUUAUUUCUGAACCCUCUGUUGCUAUAUGAAUUUGGUUAUAUAAUUGUCAGUAAUAGUCCUGAAAAAAGACAAAACAUUUUCCCCAAGCUUUAAAAAGAAUAUUCAAAAAUAGUGUCUGGAUUGAAAUCCAUAAUUUUUGGGUGCAGAAUAAUAUUGCUUUUUAAAGUCAGAUAAUAUCAGGCAUUUCAGUAUAAGGAAUUAGUUGCAAAUCAGUUUGCUGUGUCACCAUUUAUGUAAUUUGGAACAAAUUCAUCCAUGCUUACACAACUUGAUUAUACAGGGUUUGUGUGUAUGAGUCGCAAGUCCUCUCUUCUGUUUGCUGUUUGUGAGCUUUGUUCCUCAAUAUUAAAGGAUGAAUUUGCUGUGUUCACAUUGAGACUAAUUUUUUGGCUGAUCUUACUUAGAUCAUUAAAGACUUCAGUAAUAAAGGAGCACUUGGCUGUGAAUCUUCCUGAUAGUGUAAUGCCAGUGUUAAUUUUGCGCUGUCAAAAAUACAUGCAAAGUUUCCAAUUCAAUUAAAGUAUGGCUAGACUGGAGGGAAUACGCAAUCAAUGUAAAGGAGAUUGUUUUCCCAAAAAAUCUUUUAAUUUUUAUUUAUAUGGCCACCCAUAUCAUCAUCGUGCAUUAAAAUGUUAGGAAAUUCCUAUGAAUAGAUUAUUUGCAGUUUCUUUCCUUGUAUAUUCUAAAGAAUAAUUUCUGUUAGGCAUGAUGUGUAGUAAAAAUUAAAAAUGAUGGAUAAUAGGUAAUCUGUAAUAUUUCCCUCCUAUUCCCCCCCCCCCAAAAAAAAAGCUUUCUUGCUUGUUUCAAUCUUGUUGAUAGAGUGUAGGAGCUGUGGGACCUGUAUGCACAUGGAUCUCUAAUUGGCUUGGCAGUAUGUGAAAAUAUUUUAUCAAUAAAUCAACAGAUUUUUCACUCU